AUGCAUCAAAGCACAAACUCCCCAUGGGGCAAACCAGCGGUGGAUUACCCUAAACCCCAAUACAGCCUCUCACAUACCGUGUCGAUGGUCAACCUGCAUGAAGAAGCUGCGUGGUACGCGAAUCGAGGACCGACCUCCCCCACGGCCUCAUCCGCUUCGAGCACUAGCAGAACUACUACACCGACCACGAUAAACAACAAUCCAUGGUCCAACAUCGUCGCGAGUCCAGAUUCAAACUCAACAACCUCAACACAGUCAGCUGGUUCGUCGCCCCGAGACAGUCCAAACCGUACCCCAGAGCAUGUAAGUCGGUCGACUACACCCGUAGCGCCGCAACCCAUAAGACCAUACAAUGUUGUAGCAGGAUUUGCGCCAUUAUCGCCCGCGCUUUCAUCAUCUGGAGACUCGUACAAGAGUUUUGAGUAUCCAGGCCCUUUAAUGUCUGCCUUUCCAGGCUCCCCAAAUCCGUACCGACAACCUGUGGUACCUCUCACACCGUUAGUAAACGGGUUCAUCAACACUUCUGUUUUAUCUUCACAGGGCCAGUCGCUGUCCGGCUGGUUCUACGAACUGUGUCGCAAGCAGGGGUGGGACGGCGGGCUGGUCAAGAAAAUUUGGCAAUGGACACUGUCCAAUCCGAGAGUCGCCAUCCUUCUUUUUGUGUGUGACGAUGUGUCUUCGUGGAGACAGGCAGCAUUUUUCGAUCUCAGAGAUGAAAGUUUACCAUUUCCCGAGGACCGUCUUCAAGGCAUCGUGGCAGAUGCCCGUAAGCUUGUGUCGGAGCAAUGGCGAGCCACAUCGAAGGAGCUCCCAUUAACCGGAGGCCAUGUAGAUUUUGCAGUACGCGAGACUGUUCCGCUGCAGCAUGUUGGGCUUAUCCGAACGUCUAGAAACUCUGAGAAGAGUGUAGACAAAGUUCGAGUGUUGGGCAGCAAUGAUGACCGCAUUCUGGUACGAAAGCGCUUCAUCACCACGCGGCCUUCUCAAAAGGCUGCCGUGUUGGAACAGAUCAAGAAAUUCCAGCAGUACGAACACAAAAACAUCGCUAAGAUACUCUGCUCGUACGCACAGCCAAGUCACAUCGGCAUCGCCACAGACACAGCCCAGUACAGCUUAGACGAGUAUCUAGCACUGCCAGGCCACGAUUCGAGCCGCUCAAAGGUACUAGUAGACUGGAUGCACGACCUGGCCUCAGCCCUUGAAUACCUCCACUCCCAAUCAAUAUGCCACCGUGGCAUCCGACCGCGCAAGAUCCUAAUCGACGGCCCCCGAAUCUUCUUCGCGCCCUUCGAAAUCGGCCACAGCAGCGACAACUUCAGCCCCACCAUAGCCACAUCGCAGCGCCUCGACCAACUGCAGACCUACUUCCAAGACCAAGCCUACAUCUACGCGGCGCCCGAAGCAAUCGUCUCCCGCGGCAAGCGCAUGGCCGACGUCUUCUCCCUCGGCUGCGUCCUCCUCUCCAUGAUGACAGUCGCUCAAAACCAAUCCGUAGCAAGCUUCGCCCAGUACCGCGCAGGCUCCUCCCAAGACGCAUCUUUCCACGCACACCUCGACCGCGUCGCCAGCUGGCGCAAUCGCCUGCACGCCGCUAGCACCUCCGGGCUGCGCAACGGCAACAUCGGCUCUGGCCGGCGUAUGCGCCAGCUCAAAGCCGAAGCAGAAUGGCUCAGCAUCAUUGAGAAGAUGCUGCUGCCCCGCCCCAAGGAGCGGAUCAAAAUGAGCCACAUGCUCGCUAGUCUGGGCGGCGCCGGUAAGGUCGCGGGAGCCCGCAGACGCAGUCUCGACGGCGGCGGAUAUGCGGGGCAGGUUGCUGUCUCGAUGGGUGCGAAUACAUCGACCACGACGACGGCGGCGCUGAUCGAUAUCGGACCCGAGCGUAUCGCGGACUCGAUGCGCAAACCGGAACUCAGCGUCUUUGAUGGGUACUUUCAGCAGCAGUCGCGCAGGCUUGAGCCCGCGGGGGGGUGGUAG